ACAGAGUCGACUGUACUCAGCUUUACUCAAAUCUGACCGCGAUCUUCCGUGAUCGUUGUGACAGGCUUUGCUGGAUAAUGUAUACCUAACAACUGGUUCAUGCUGUUAUUUUACAGCCAUGUACAGCUCGUCAGUGAUCGCUCUUGUAGUCCUGGUGUUUGUUUUGUUUCAAUGCUCGUUCUCCAUACGGGAUCUUCUCAGAGUCAGACAGGAAUGGAGUAGUGCUGAGCGACGUCUGCCCGAGCUGAGACUGUCGACGAGCCACUGGCAGGACGCCUGUGUCCGUGUGCGUCUCUCUGUCCAGCCUCUGGUGGCAAAUGAAACGCUGAUUAUUGAGUUCAACGACUCUAAAACAGAAGACUCCUACACGCUGCUUAUGUGGAAACGGAGGAACGCUGUCAAGUGGAUCAGCAGUAUUGAUUAUCACCCUCUCACAGCGAGAAUUCAGAAGCGUGAGCUCAACGUGACAUCCCAUCAGGCCUUUUGGAUUGUGCGGUAUGACUGUUUCCCGGCCCAGCCUGGAUCCACGGUCGGCGUGUCUGUUCACAGCCACAGUCACUUGCUCAUCAGCGCGUUUUACGCCGUGGAGCACAGAGAUCCUGUCACUGAACAUCUGGUGCCCAAAGCCAGUGUUGCGGUGGAUGAUCGUGCCAAACGCUUCACUGUACGAAUAGAAACAGACCAGAUGGUGAAGAUCAGUGUGUGCUACAAACAUUUACACGCAGAGUGUGUUGAACUAAUCCAUUUCAGUAAGGUUGACCCGAAGAUUAAUCAGACUGUUAAUCUGAGCUUCCCUUACCUGGUACCUUGUGUCUGUGUGCAGCUGUGGUUUACAGCCCCUGAUUCCAGAAGAAACACACAUUGUCCCUUAAAAGAGAGAACACUGCCACAUGGAGGUGAUAUCUUGUCCUCGAGUUCAGCUAGAGUUCUUGGCUCUGUUCUGUACUGGGAGCCUCUCUGCCCUGCUGACCAAUCAGAUCCCUCCGUCUCUCUUUGCUGGCGAAUCCACAACCACAGCUCUUACUGUGUCCCCGCCCCCAACGCCACCCUCUACGGGACCAAACUGAAAUAUAAUGUGUCUGCUGUGGAUAAACACUCUCAGAUGUGUGUGAAGUUUUCUCUAAAUGGCAGUCAUCAAGUCUUCUGUCCGUUCGAGUCAGAGGGACGCUCGGAGUGGAGCGUGACGGUCGUUCCUGGAUCUCUGCAUCUCUACGUGCACCUGACGUCCAGUGUCGCCGCUUCUUUUGCUGCUCAGCUGUGCGACAGAGAGGGAGAGACGUGUUUGUCUCAAGGAAGCGUCAUCUCACAACGGGUGAAUGGGGGCGCCACAGAGGCUGAGCUGAGUGUUCCCUUCCCCUUCCUCUCUUCAGGACUGUGUGUGCAGGUGUGGCGCUUAGAUCUCCAUGGAAGACGAAUCAUCUGCCCUGACUUCACGCACAGGAGAUGGGGUCUCAUCAUUGGCACCGCACUGACUCUUCUGGCUGUGGUGACUGUACUGGUCUGCAUUAUACGCUACUUGGUCAAAAGUAGCACAUCAGUGUGGCGGAGCACUGAAAGACGUCCCGUGCUGCUCGUGUGCUCGUCUAACGACGCGGCCCACAUCGCUGCGGUCUGCAGUUUAGCCUCCGGCCUGCAAGGGGAGCUCUUCAUGGACGUGAGGCUGGCGCAGUGGGCGCAGUGCCACCCCCAGUCCUCUCUGGCUCAGCUGGGACCCGUGCCGUGGCUGUACGGCCAGUGUCGGGCCGUGCAGAAGGCGGGCGGUCUCGUCCUGAUCGCCUGGAGUCCUUACGCCCAUCAGGCUUUUCUGAGAUGGAGGAAGAGCGAUUUGGUCGCUGGAUCUGAGACAGGGCUGUAUAGUGCUCUUGAAAAAAAAGAGCAGAUGUGCUGUGAUGAAGAAUGGAUGGAGAAACCAGUCGAGUCGUCCUCGAUCACAGCUCCCGUGUUCAACGCCACCCUCUCCUGUCUGAGUACGGGAAUACGCAGCAAUAACCACGGCCGGGGGUUUGGACUGCUGUGCUUCCAGGGUCUUAACAACAACAGCAGCAGCGCGUACAUCCCAAAACAGCUCCGCUGUGUGCGAAAGUACUGUCUCCCGAAGGACCUGUCCUCUUUAAUACACGACCUGGCCAGCUCAUGGGACGGAGCUGGAAAAGCCCAAGGGAGGAGGGGAUGUUGGCCCCGUCUUCUGUCCAAAGCGCUGUUGUUCUUCAUGUCGCGUCAGCUCGCGUCCAGACUAGAGGCGGGACUUCCUGUGCCGCUCGUUCGCAAGUCCUCACAGAAAUCAAAGCUAAAGACUUGGAGGCAAAAGAAGCGGCGAAGUAAAGCUGUAUCUGCGUGUUUGUCCAAAAAGGAGUGUUCAAAGAAACAUACCGCGCCAGAGCUACUAGGAGCUGCACACACAUAGCAGCGUGCCGAUCGGAUGAAGCUGUUUCACUCUCCGAAGUCGUACUUGUACGGUCGUCUUAUUGCUUGCAUGGCGCUGGUACUCGGAGGGAAUGAGAAAGGAGAAAAUGCAGUUUACAGGCAGACAGUGCUGAACUCUCUGAUCCAGGGCAGCUUUAUAGUCUGUCCAGCAGGGGGCAGAAACAUCAAAAUCCAAGUUUCUGGUAAACCGCUGGGGCUGUGUGUAACGUGUGAACCCUGGUGUUCGGCUUCCUUUGGCAGUUACCGUUAUCUCUCGCAGACUGCGGUUUUGGAGGCCCUGCCGUUUCUGUUCAGUGAUCUCUAACAGAUUAAAUCCAUCCCUGUUGUACUAUUCUCGACGAUACUUGAAACUUUGUGAAAUUAGCACUUCCUGUGUUAAUGCCUGCUUAAGGUGAAUGCUUGUAUUAAUUUUCCAAAUUUACCUUUAUCUGAAGUGACUUACAAAUGUGAAAAUACAUGUACAGAACUCAAACAGGACUCAAAGAAAACCUACUGACAUAUUUUGUAAAUAUGAUCACUCACAGCUGCUGGCAAAAAUAAAUAUACAGUAACCACUCCCUCAAGGCAAGAAAAGAAAUUCUCCAAGAGAUAACAUCUGAAGAAGAAAAAUAUAUGUAAACAUGAUAAAUUUUUGUAUAAAGACCUGUUUCACUGAACUUGUAUUUGUAUUGUACCACUGAACUUCAAUACCUUGGAACGGCUGUGAACAAGAAUGAGCAGUUCUGUGGUUUAAAUAAAUGUAUCGAACAUUCAGAUUAUUAUUGUAUCACA